AUGGAGGAGGAUUCCCCUAGUCCGUCCAAGUCUGGCGCGCCAGACACAGCCAUGUCCGUCCUCGAAUGUGCCAAGGAAGGGGACUUGGAUGGGCUGAUUGAGCUCCUCAAAGACCCUGACGUCGACUUAAAUGUCAAGGACGAGGAAGAUGUCAAUGCCUCUGAUGACUAUUCACAAACGCCUUUGCACGAGGCUGUGUGGUCAGGCAACAUCGAAACCGUACGCCUGCUUAUCCAGGCGGGGGUCAGCUUGGAUGCAAAGGAUGACGACGGUCGAACACCAAUAUCUUGGGCAGCAGCGAAAGGCCACACCGAAAUUGUCAAUCUCCUCCUUGGAAAAACUCCGGAUGCCGUCAACAUCCUCGAUAACACGUCAGAGGGGCCGUUGCACUGGGCUGCAAAAAACGGCGAAGUCGAUGUAGUCAAGUUGCUUAUCGAAAAAGGCGCGAAUUUCGAUCAGACAGACUUGGCAUAUCACCAGACACCGAUAUCUUGGGCGGCUGAGAAUGGCCACACUGAUGUUGUCAAGGAACUCGUCAACGCCGGGGCAAACAUCAAUAUCCCCGACACUGAGAACCGACUUCCUCUGAACAUAGCUUCCACCUAUGACCAUGUCGACGUCGUUCACUUUCUCCUUAGUCAAGUUAGCAAAGAUGGUAGCUAUGUCGAUAAGUCCAGCAGGUCUCUGCUUUCGUGGGCUGCAGAGUAUCCAAGCCCCCCAGAGAGGGUUGUUGAGAAACUUGUCUCUUCGCAUGACGUGGAGUCCCAGGACGACAUUGGACGCACGGCGCUACACUAUGCAGCACGGGGGGGUCAAGUCGACUCAAUUAUAACCCUCCUCGACGCCGGAGCAAAAAUCGACGCUGUGGAUAAGUCUGGGGGACCGCCUCUCACCCUAGCUGCAAGGCAGGGCCACACAGCGUCCGCAAAGGUCCUGGUUGAGAAGGGGAGCAAUGUCAAUUUCCAAGACAACGACGGGUACACUGCACUCUUGAACGCGUCAAAAAAUGGCCACUCAGAGUGUGUCGAAUUUCUCCUCAGUCAUGGUCCGAAUCUGGAGCUCAAAGACAAUACCUGGGGACAGUCAGCGCUGGCAUGGGCCGCCGAGAACGGAUAUCUGGACGUGGUCAAGCUCCUGGUCGGCGCUGGCAGCGACAUUCACUCCCGGGCUUUGAGUGGAAGGACGACAGUGGCAUUUGCCGUGGAGCUCGAUGGCCCAGAUAUGCUAGAGGUGAUGAUUGAGCACCCGAGCAAGGACACCAAGGACGGCCGGAUUCGAACUCACGCCGCCGAAGAGGCUAUCUGGUACAGCUGCUCGCCGGGAUGCGAUGAGGAAGCUGCCAUUGGCAACGAAGCCUACCUUGAAGCGCUGGACAAGGACGGGAGAACAGUUCUGUCUUGGGCUGCGGAGAGAGGAGAUAUGGACGAGCUUCGAGUCUUGGGCACGAAGGAUCUUAACUGGGACUUGCCCGAUGACAUCGGCCGUACACCUCUCUCCUGGGCAGCUGAGCGCGGGACCGCCGAAGCCGUCCAUUUCCUUCUGGACGACCAACGCAAAGUUGCUAUAGACUCCAAGGACGAGAAUGACCGGACUCCACUUUCGUGGGCAGCGACCAACAAGACACAAGAAGCAAGGGAAAUUGUAAAGGCUCUUCUGGAGUGGCCUGCUGCUGUCAACGUGGAUGCGACGCACUCCAAAUUUCGAGCGCCGGAAAAGAGUGGCAAAGCAGCUGGGAAGGCACCACUGCGGAAGGGUGCAAUGGCCGACAGUAAGGACAGGAGUGGUCGAACACCACUAUCAUGGGCUGCCCAGUACGGUCACGUAGCAGUUGUUGAGGAACUGCUUGGCCGUGUUUCGUCCAAGAUCAAGCCUACUGGCACUCAUGCCGGUCCUAGGCAGGAAGAGCAAGUACAACUGAAACGGACUGAGCCUGACGAGAGAAAGGCUGUGACUGGAAAGCUAAAGGUCGCAAAACCCCAGGAAAGCCGAGGCAAAGACGACGGAGAAGGCGUGAGAAUCAGAGUUCUGGUCGAAGUGGAUUCUGUGGACAACGAAGAGCAUACGCCGCUGUAUUACGCUGCGAUGAAUCGACACGAUCAGGCAGUAGGCGCUUUGCUUGACCACGGAGCGAACCCAAAGCGACGGUUCGGAGUGAGGACGCUGCUGCAACUUCUUAACGACAAAGAUGGAACCUUCUCCGCCGUCAGGAACACCAUUAAAAGAAAGAGCAAGGACGACAAUCUGACAGAGCGUAUCGAAGGAAGCGACAGUGUUGACAGCGAGUUCAAGGCCAUGGUGGUUUACUUCCGAAAAGGAACCGAGGGCCCACUGCCCUACGACCUGCUGUCCGUUCAAAAGCUUCUUGAUGAAAGGGAAUCUGCGCCAACCGACCAAGUUCUUUGCUGCAAAUGGCUACACCUGCCAGCCAACAACAUGAGAUGGGUUGAGAUACUCAUGGCCAAGCAUUUUAGAACGGCCGGGGCUCAAUAUGAGAUGCAUUACAAGGAUGUCCUAAACGAGACCUGGACCGGUCACCAGCAUCGCACUGAUACGAAAUGGUCAUACCAUGCUCGAUACAUGCAUCCCGACUGCCAUUCGCUCACUCUGCCUUCAGGAAAAAGACAGCCAAGGACAGAAACAAGAAGGGAUAAGUUGACUAAUGUAGCAGAGAAAGGUACCUUGGUCCAAGAGGAGACCUCGGACAAAGAAGGAGAGAAAAAGGCAGCAAAGCCACAGCAUGAUAUGAAGGAGAAUGCGAUCAACCUAGAUCAACAGCCAAGUAGCUUGCCUCUAAAAGGCUGUGUGCUAUUCAUGCCAUUCCUACACUGGGAAAUGAAAGAAGAACUAGACAAGCUCAAGAAGAUCAUGAAAGAGAAGAAGGACAAAAAAGAUGGCCAAUCUGCCAGCAGGAUAAAAGGCACCGAGAUGAGCGAAAAAACCACGCUGAACGGAACGGAAAAGCUCUACUGGAUGUACCUUGACGAGGAACACCCCUUGCACCCCCGGCGGACGCUAGAUCAAUACUACUAUCACAAUCUUGACAAUACCGAUGAGCGAGAUGCGGACCAAACGGUUUCGAGAUAUUUCCAGAAAAGACGCCACAACUCCGGAGUCAAGAGCCCCGGAGUCGAGACGAAGGAAGUCUUGACAAUGGUGGACCAGCUUUGGAUGUGGGUGCUUCCUCAAUGCGGAAAGUCGCCUGCCACGGUCAUCACGGCAUUUCCGCAAAGGAGCAACAGAAUUAGCGGAGAGAGGCAGAAACCCACGACUGCUCUGAUGGAUAACAUUAUCGCGAGGUACUUGGGUGCGAUACCGCCGAGACACGGCUAUGACUUGGCCCGGAUGAUUGCGGCGGAAUGCUCGAGGAUCUACUUUGACAGCGCAAGUGGUCGAGAUGACUCGAUACAGUUUUCGGACAUAUAUUCCAAGUCAAUCGCUGCUCUUGCGGACCAAGAGACAAAACGCUUCCGCAAAUUUCAACAUGCAAUCAAGCCGGCCGCCGAGACCUCAAGCGAGGUUGUGCCACACGAUGAGGUUGUGAAGAAGCUCAUCGAUAUCGUGGAAGACAUCAAAGACUUGAGAAUCAUCAAGGAUAUACAGGAUGAGCUCAACAUGAUGUUGUCCGUGUUUACCAAACAAACGGAGGUCUUCAAGGCAAUGAGCAAGAUCAUCCAGGAGGAAGAGGCCCAGGCGACCUCCAGCGCCGGGGUAAUCCUUGGCCUCGCAUCUCCUCUCUCUGUUGCAGAGAGGAAUAUUCGCGAAGUUCAGGACUUGAGUAGGUUUGCUGAGAGGGUCUCCGACGCGAUAAAGCAGCUACUUGACCUCAAAAACAAGCAGGCAAAUGUUAUGGAGCAACACAUGACGACUCACCUCAUCACAGAGAUUGUCAGCCUUAACAAGGCAACCGACAAACAAGGCAAGACUCUCAUGGCCUUUACAUUUAUCACCAUUGUGUUUCUCCCUCUCUCUUUCAUGACCAGCUUUCUUGCCAUCAACAUUGCCGAGUUUCCUCACAAGAACCCUGAGAGUCUCUCCCUCGCCUUCGUUGCUAAAUAUACGUUCUCGAUAUCGAUUGGGUUUACCAUUCCCUGCGUCGUCCUUGCCUUCAAUAUGGCUCGCUUGAGCAAGCUAUUCAAGAAGGCACUGAAGCUCUUCAAUGGCCGAAGCCCGAAGACAAAGGUUGCGGAUGAAGAAAAAGCGUGGAACUACUUCAUGGUUGUCUGGGUUGAGAACUUUGGGAGUCGGGGUACAGAGCCUGUUGGCUCGAAGGAGGAGAGAGGCUGGUCACAGACAAAGGGGCUGAGGGAUCGGAAGGUGCGCGAAGAAAAGGCAACCGAGAGGCCGAGGAGCAAGGCCCAGUCGCCAGACCAAGCAGUCAACAUGUCUAGUCAGACAGCGGAGGCGCAUCUGCGCGUCGGCGUGGGCGUAGCUAUGCUUGUCGUGGAAGAUGCCGAUCAGCAGGGCCUCGAGCCGCUGGUCCGUGUCGCCGACCUCGUCGAGGAACCACAGGGGGCACGGCUUGUAGGCGUCUGAAUCGUCAUAUGGCAUGGUCUGAGAGCUGAUGCUUCUCGUACAGCUCGGCAAGGUUGCGCCACGCCGCUAGAGAGCUGCCCGUUCAAGGCCGUGUGCAUGGCAAGGAAGGGCCUUGUCGACAUGCUCUGGUGUUCUUGUGUGAU